AGAGAGUAGAAGAAGAAAAAAGUAGAAGUAGAGUAGUACAGUUGUAGGAAACACCUGCAGCGGCGAUAAGAUGUUUGGCGCGUUGCAGAGAAGGGAAAAGGAGCGGAUACACCUGCUUCGAGUGAAACGAUCCCUGACCGUUGCACAGGAUGACGCGCGACAGAGGCAGGCCCAUUCAACAGUCAGAAAAAUUAAGGUGGUUAGUAAUUCACAGCUCAAGUCAUUUCUGAAGUACAGCUUUAAAAAUAUGUUUGAUGUAGUUUUGCAGUGCAGCAUGAGUCGUGGCUUCCGAAGAAGUAGGAAGUAGUUACUUUUUUCCCCUUAUUCUUUCUUCUAAAAGAGGCACGACGAAGAAAGUGCCGAAUUGGUCCCUGGGAUAUUCGAGGCGGACGAACUCCUUUAUAUUAACGCCGACACACAGUACUAGUACGCCGCUCGGCAGUGCAACUAGUAGGAGUAGUAAGAGUAACGGCGGUUCUUCAUCACAAGCAGCAACUUCCUCGAGCAGACUGCCGCGUAUAGAUGAAGACCGGGUGCUAGAACAGCCAACACCAAGAGCAGCAGUAAUUUUUAAUAUUAUUACUGAUUUUCGUUUGUCUUUGGUCGUGGACUCGUUGUAGCACCAGUUGCACGCGACAAGAAAAGUAGUAAUAUCAUUUAGUAACAUAGUUUUACUUAUGUUCUUGAAGAAAAGGGCAGCGUCAUGAUGUUGCUGGUGAUGGUGAUCAUUUUCUACUACCCCUGGUGGUGACCAUGAGUAUCGUGCUACUGAAAAACAAAUACCAGGUGGAGGCAACCGCAGAAAAUUGCGCAGUUGUUUUCGGGGAUGAAGUGUUGUCGAGGCCAGUUCUCAGAGAGCAGCCUUUUCGAGUGACGCAGGCAAAUUUGCCAAUAUAUGUCAAAGGGAAAUGCAAGUAG